AAAUCCCAAACUCCCGCACGAAACCCUCCCUCAAAUUCUCAAACCACACCGCCUCCUCCAUUCCCCAACCGAACGGACCCGCCUCGACAAUGUCGUUGCUCGACGACGACGACGACGAGGCCUUCCUCCUCGCGGUCGAGGCGACGGAGGCCGCCGCGAUCGCGUCCUCCAACCCCAAGCGCCCCCGCCUCUCCACCUCCCCAUCGCCGAGCCCCGCGGCCUCCGAGGGCUCCUACCUGUCCGCCCUAAAGGGCAGCCACAGCACCGCCUGGAAGCAGCAGCAGGAAGCCCUAGCCUAUGCUCACAAGCGGCCCGGCGGCUCCAAAGCCCCAGCCAUCACUCCUGGUGGCGGCACCGGCGGCGCACCGGUCGCGAAGGGCGCGUGCUUCAAGUGCGGGGACACCAGCCACUGGGCGAGAGAGUGCCCCCAAUCCUUGCCGGCAAGUGUCGUCGGCGGUGGCGGAGGAGGCAGCGGAACCGGCGGCGGUGGCUAUGUGGAUGCGGGCAGGGACGUGGAGGAGAAGGCGUGCCCCUGCGGCGCCGGGAUCUGCCUGGUGCUCACGUCCAACACGCCCAGGAACCCCGGCCGCAAGUUCUACAGGUGUCCCAUGCGGGACAAUGGAGGCUGCAACAUGUUCGAGUGGUGCGACGCUCCAUCUCCAGGCCUUGCAAAUGCCCGCAGCAACACAGGUUUCCAAUCGGAUGCGUCGCUGGUGAAUAUGCCUUGCCCUUGUGGUGCAGGAACUUGCUUAAUUCUCACUACAAAGGCAGGAGUGAAUGUUGGGAGGCAGUUUUAUCGCUGCCCUGCUCAGGGAGGUAGCUCUUGUGGCUUUUUCAAAUGGUGUGACGAUCAACAACUUAGGACAACUGCUCCGUUGCAAGCUUCUGCUCCAUAUCAAACUGGCGUUACCCCCACCAACCAAAACAUCAGCAAGAGCUCUUCAUCCUGCUUCAAAUGUGGGCAAGAGAACCACUGGGCAAAGGACUGCCCGAAUCAAUCUUCAGAUCCUUAUUCUGACAAAGGUGGGAGAACAUUAACUUCAGCAAGCUCGUCUGAUGCGUGUUUCAAGUGUGGUAUGGCUGGUCACUGGUCCCGUGAUUGCCCUGCUGCAAAUUGUGGUGCUGGUGCGGUCGCCAGCCAUGUCAAGUCCUCUUCUACUUUGGGCUCAUGGAACAGCCGCAGAUACUGAUAGCAGGAACCUGUGAACUCAAUUGAACUGACAUGGACAUGCUGUACGAAACUUGGACAAAUGUUCCCGCCACUUGUUGAAUAGGUACGCGCUCUUGCCGAUGCCACUUGCAACCUGCUACUCUUAAGUGCAGCAACGGGAUUUACUUUUGAUAUCUUGUGUCUCCAGUUUGCUGUGCCGAAGAGGUGCAACCUGCUUUAGGCAUUUCCACUUUUGUAAACAAGAUAACUCAGAUGCUUUGUGCCUAUGUUCAUCAGCAUGCCUUGAAAUUUCUAUAUUA